GGAUCCAAUAUCCACACCGAACCCGAGAGAGCCGGCCUUGGGCCUGAGUCGGGGACCGACGGACAGGCUGAGGUUGAAGCAGCUGGCCUCGGAGCGGAGACGGAGCGGCCCAGCCAAAAGACAGGCAGGUCCAUCCUCCAUACACUUCCAGAAAGGAGCACUCACUGUUCAGAGCUGGAGACAGCCGGUGCCCGGACAGACACCGGGACAGAUGGCUUUUGGGCUGAUCCACACAGGUUCGACCUCCAGUCUCAGCCAGAAAGGGCUAACCUCUGGGCACAGCCAGGGGUUGAUGGGCCCUGGACAGAGCUAGAAAUACAUGGGUCAGAGACCCAGCCAGCGAGGGCCAAGCCCUGGGCUAACCUCUGGACCCACCAGAACAGGUCCAACGCCUGGACUCAACCAGAGGGAGCCUCUCUCUCAACAGAGCCAAGUGCUGAUGGCUCUUGGAAAGAAUUGUACGCUGAUGGCUCCAGGACAAAACAGGAUACUGAAGACCCCUGGACUGAGCUGCACAGUGAUGGCUCCCAGAUACCGCAGGAUACUGAAACAGUCUGGAAACAGCCUGGCACCGAUGGUUUCUCAACACAAGAUACCGAUGGCCUCUGGACACAGCCUGGCACUGAUGGUCCCCAGACAGAGCCUGGGACAGACUGCCUUUUGGGGGAGAACAACCAAGAUGGCCCAUUAGAGGAACAAGAACACGGGGAGUUGGUGACUCACCUGUACUCUCACCUGGAAUGUAGCCCCCUAACCCCUGUGCCCCGCCUCAUCAUCACUCCUGAAACCCCUGAGCCUGAGGCUCAGCCGGUGGAACCCCCCUCCCAGAUUGAGGUGGGCAGUGGUGGCUUCUCCUCUGCCUCCUCUUUCGACGAGUCUGAGGAUGACGUGGUGGCCGGGGGCGGAGGUGCCAGCGACCCUGAGGACAGGUCUGGGAACAAACCAUGGAAGAAGCUGAAGACUGUUCUGAAGUAUUCGCCCUUUGUGGUCUCCUUCCGAAAACACUACCCUUGGGUCCAGCUGUCUGGACACUCUGGGAACUUCCAGGCAGGAGAGGAUGGUUGGAUUCUAAAGCGUUUCUGUCAGUGCGAGCAGCGGAGCCUGGAGCAGCUGAUGCGGGACCCCCUGCGGCCUUUCGUGCCAGCCUACUAUGGCAUGGUGCAGCGGGAUGGCCAGGCCUUCAACCAGAUGGAAGAUCUCCUGGCAGACUUUGAAAACCCCUCCAUCAUGGACUGCAAGAUGGGCAGCAGAACCUACCUGGAGGAGGAGCUGGUGAAGGCACGAGAACGGCCCCGGCCCCGCAAAGACAUGUAUGAGAAGAUGGUAGCUGUGGACCCUGGGGCCCCCACCCCUGAGGAACAUGCCCAGGGUGCAGUCACCAAGCCCCGCUACAUGCAGUGGCGGGAGACCAUGAGCUCCACCUCCACCCUGGGCUUCCGGAUCGAGGGCAUCAAGAAAGCCAAUGGGACCUGCAACACUAACUUCAAGAAAACCCAGGAGCUGGAGCAGGUGACAAAGGUGCUGGAGGACUUUGUGGACGGAAACCAUGCCAUCCUGAGAAAGUACGUGGCACGCCUAGAAGAACUUCGUGAAGCUCUGGAGAACUCCCCCUUCUUCAAGACCCACGAGGUGGUAGGCAGCUCCCUCCUCUUUGUGCACGACCACACCGGCCUGGCCAAGGUCUGGAUGAUCGACUUCGGCAAGACAGUGGCCCUGCCUGACCACCAGACGCUCAGCCACCGGCUGCCCUGGGCUGAGGGCAACCGUGAGGACGGCUACCUCUGGGGCCUGGACAACAUGAUUCGCCUCCUCCAGGGCCUGGCUCAGAGUUGACCCGCUCGCCCAUCCCCAGGUUUAUUUAUUGGAUGGUGACCGUCUGGCUGGAGGGGCCCCGAGAUGCGUGGAGGCCUGAGGUUGGCCAUGGGGGAGCUGAAGUCCAGGGAUGGGAGAGGUUGUGUUGCACACCACGCAGGACCAGCGUGGAAGAUCGAAGGGCCUUUGGAGAUCAGGGAGCGCCUAAUCUUCCAUGACACAGGGGUUGUUAAGAACUGGCAAGGCAGCGUGACCUGGUUGGGUCCCACCAUGAGUCAGAACCAGACUGGGUCCUCUGACCAGCCAGGAAGGGGCUGCAGAGGGUGCAACUAAACCACGCGCCUUGGAAGAACACAAUGCAGAUGCCGCAAGGCACAGGCGUGACCUUGGGCCUGUCACCACAUGAAUGACUGUGAUCACUGCCUCCUUGUCAGCCCCUCCCUCUGCAAGCUGGCUCCCUGUGGGGCCCCGGAGAACCAGACCUUAUUUGUGAACAAAUGUAAGAGCCAUUGGUUCACCACCCAGACUAGUUAUAGCCCCAGCUCUUCAUCCGGGGGCGGUGGGCACUCAGAGUGCCAACUGGCUCUAAGGGUGUGGCCCCACGGGACUGGCCUGGGAGCUGACACUGCUGGGCGGGGCCUCGUUCACCCUGUCCUCUCCACCUUUGGCCCCAUGGCAUCCUCCCUACUCCUGGGAGAACUCUGCUGACCCCUGCAGACUAAAACCACGGCCAAGUCCCGUGUCAGCACUGUGACCAGCACAACCUUGUUCCUCGGGCACCAACCUCAGCCUCGGGACUUCCUCAUCUGCCCUUUACCCUUUUCUGUCUCCUUCCUCCUAGCGGACUAGACUGCGGUGGCAGGAAGGACUUUCAGAUGGAGAAGAAGGCUUGGGAAUCAGCUGCCUCCCUCGGGAGGCCCCCAUCCCUAGCCUCUGCCGUGAAGAGGCCCUGCUUUGGCCUGAGGCACAGGGUGGGUGGGGCUACUGGCCACCACCUUGGGCCUGCAACCUGGUCCAAACCAAAGACCCCAGCACCCUGAGGUGUCUUCCUCCUGCACCUAACUCUGGGUUCCUGGCCUGCAAGGCUGGACGUGGGGAGGACAGGCACCUCCCUCUCCUUAAGCCAAAGCUCUAACGUGGUCUUCCAGGGCCGAGGUGCGCUCCUUUUCUACUGACUAUCUUUAUUACUUAUUUAUACGUGAGAGGUAGUUGUUAGGUGGGGCAAUGCUGGGGAACAGGAGGCAAAAUCAGUGCACCGUCUCCCCCCCAUGAGGACACCCCAAUAAACAGCACAUUCAGAGUCAGUUUU